AUGAAGAGGUCAGCAGCAGGAACCAGCAAGACCUUUAAGGCCAUGGGCGAGCUCAGCAAGGGCUUUGUGGAGGCUCUGAAGGCAGUUGUGGGGAGCUCCCAUGUGUCCACCGCUGUCGCCGUCCGCGAGCAGCAUGGUCACGACGAGUCCAUGCACAGGUGCCAACCUCCAGACGCCGUGGUGUGGCCCCAGAAUGUGGAGCAGGUCAGCCAGCUGGCCGCCCUGUGCUACAGCCAAGGAGUGCCCAUCAUCCCAUUUGGCACGGGCACUGGGCUUGAGGGUGGAGUCUGUGCGGUGCAGGGCGGUGUCUGCAUCAACCUGACCCACAUGGACAAAAUCCUGGAGCUGCAUCUGGAAGACUUCUCUGUGGUGGUGGAGCCAGGCGUCACCCACAAAGCUCUCAACACCCGUCUGCGGGACAGCGGCCUCUGGUUUCCUGUGGACCCAGGUGCAGAUGCCUCUCUCUGUGGCAUGGUGGCCACUGGGGCCUCGGGCACCAAUGCCGUGCGCUAUGGCACCAUGCGGGAGAAUGUGCUGAACCUGGAGGUGGUGCUGCCUGGCGGUGAGCUGCUUCAUACCGCAGGCCUAGGCCGUCAUUUCCGGAAGAGCGCAGCUGGCUACAACCUCACAGGGCUCUUUGUGGGCUCUGAGGGGACACUAGGACUCAUCACAGCUGCCACUCUGCGUCUGCAUCCUGCCCCUGAGGCCACAGUGGUCGCCACCUGUGCAUUCCCCAGUGUCCAGGCAGCCGUGGACAGCACUGUUCACAUCCUCCAGGCUGCGGUGCCCGUGGCCCGCAUUGAGUUUCUGGAUGACGUCACGAUGGAUGCCUGCAACAAGCACAGCCAGCUGAACUGCUCCGUGGCGCCCACUCUCUUCCUCGAGUUCCAUGGUUCUGAGCAGGUCCUGGCCGAGCAGCUACAGCGAGCAGAGGAGAUCACCCAGGACAAUGGAGCCUUCCACUUCUCGUCGGCCAAGGAGGCUGAGGAGCGCAGCCGGCUCUGGGCAGCGCGGCACAGUGCCUGGUAUGCAGUGCUGGCCCUGCGGCCGGGCUACAAGGGCUAUUCUACCGACGUGUGCGUGCCCAUCUCCCGGCUGCCAGAGAUCCUGGUGCAGACCAAGGAGGACCUGAAGGCCCAGGGACUCACAGGAGCCAUCCUUGGACACGUGGGUGAUGGCAAUUUCCACUGCCUCCUGCUGGUGGACCCAGAGGACCCCGAGGAGCUCCACAGGGUCAAGGCCUUUUCAGAACUGCUGGGCAGGCGGGCACUGGCACUCCAUGGGACAUGUACCGGGGAACAUGGCAUUGGGCUGGGCAAGCGCCAGCUGCUACAGGAGGAGGUAGGUGCCGUGGGCAUGGAGACCAUGCGGCGGCUGAAGGCCAUGCUGGAUCCCCGAGGCCUCAUGAACCCAGGCAAGGUGCUGUGA